CUUGCCGCGGGAAGAAAGUGCCGUUGAAGUGACUAACUUUGGCCGGGCCGCGGAUGCGGGAAGCACACUGAUUGGCCCGGUCUGAGCCCUUGCUUAUCUAUCCGCAACUCCAUCUCCUUCCCGCGGGAUCCUGAAAGCCGCCUCUGUCGAGAAGGAACGAGGAGUCGGGAGGAUCACGAACCAGGGGUGCGUUUGAUUUUCAAUGACUAGAACCACCUAAUUUUAUCUUCCAAUUGAUCCGCGUGAUCGCCUCUCGCCAGUCACGCCAUGAAGACCUCCUACGGCACACCGUCAUCCCGGCGACGCACCCGCUGGCUAUUUUCAACUGCUUUUCUAUGUGGUUCAACCAUUUCUCUUGCAUAAACUUCGAACAACUUGUUCCGACUAUCAGUCAUAGUUCUAGUACUUCAAAUGACCAUGGCAUCGCUUUCUUCGACUGAUUCACCCGGUGGUAUGGUCAUUACCACAGCCCCGACAGAAAGGAGGUCUAGUCUGGCUGCCAAGCGCAAAAUCUCGCCAGGGAUAUCUCUAGUCUCAGGCGGAAUUGCUGGAGCUGUUGAAGCUUCAACUACAUCCGACAAGUAUCCCUUUGAAUUCGCAAAGACGAGAGCGCAGCUCCACUCGACAGGCACCAAGAACCCAUUUGCAGUACUGCUUCAAGUUGCUCGACAGGAUGGUCCGAAAGCCAUCUACACAGGCUGCUCAACCCUUAUAAUUGGGACGACAUUUAAAGCCGGAGUUCGCUUCCUGUCAUUCGACUCUAUCAGAAACUCUUUGAUGGAUAGCGAAGGUCACUUGACUCCGGCGAGGGGUAUUCUGGCAGGUAUGAUUGCCGGAUGCGUAGAGAGUGUUGUGGCGGUAACACCAACUGAGAGAGUCAAGACAGCACUUAUUGAUGAUGCAAAGUCUGGCGCACGAAAGUACGCCGGUGGGACGAAUGCAUUGAUAACAAUGGCGAAAGAGCAUGGAUUCGCAGAAGUAUAUCGAGGCCUUGUUUCUACUACGUUGAAGCAGUCCGCCACUUCAGCGGUACGUAUGGGCUCGUAUAAUGUGCUCAAAGAACAGUCCAAGCAGCAUGGCCUGCCGAAUACUUCACUAGUCACGUUCGGAUCGGGAUCAAUCGCUGGGAUCGUCACUGUCUACGCCACGCAACCCUUCGACACUAUCAAGACUAGAGCACAGUCAGCUCGUGGGGCUGGAACACUGGAAGCGCUUCGCAUGGUGCUUUCAGAGAGGGGUGUUAGGGGCUUGUGGAGUGGGAGCACUAUGAGACUUGGUCGUCUGAUUCUGAGUGGGGGCAUUGUUUUCACUGUAUACGAGAAAGUUGCUGGUAUUUUGAGCCGUUGAAAGAUUUUGGUGUAGGUGGGCGAAGUGCUAUAGGGAAAUGCGGCACUAAAUACACCUUUUAUUAGUAGAAGAACAUGCUUCUCUCACAUCAGUAUCACUAGAGUCUUCAAAGGAAGAAAAAGUGAAAGUCAAGGAGUAUUUAGCGAGCUCCUUGGGAUCCACGCAUUCUUCAAUCAUUGCGCCUCCUGGUCAACUGCAAUUGUCCCCCCAUCCGUACCAACCUCAGGAACCCGUGAUCAGGUCUAGUAUAGUCUUUUAUCUCUGGCGGACACUUCUGUCUUCCGAGAGACAUGACUCAUGAGACUGGCUCAAGGUUACUGGAGGCAAGUUGAAUACGGAUGAGUUGUAGUCAGCUGCAGGCAGUAGCACAGCAGA